CCUCCUCCGCGAGAAGAGAGAACCAGUGAGUGUGUGUGAGAGAGAGAGAGAAUCGAGAAACUCGAAAAACGCGAUCGAUCGAAGAUGUUUCUCCGGGCGGUGGCGCGGCCAUUGAUGGCAAAGAUAAAGCAAACAACAGGGAUCGUAGGUCUAGACGUUGUACCAAAUGCUCGAGAAGUGUUAAUUGGUCUUUACAGUAAAACACUUAACGAGAUCCAGAAGGUUCCAAAAGAUGAAGGUUAUCGUAAAGCUGUUGAAAGCUUUACAUCUCAUAGGCUUAAGGUUUGUCAAGAAGAAGAAGAUUGGGAGAAAAUUGAAGAUCGUCUUGCUUGUGGUCAGGUUGAAGAACUCAUUGAAGAAGCUCAAGAUGAACUCAAACUCAUUGGCUAUAUGAUUGAAUGGGAUCCUUGGGGUAUCCCUGAUGAUCACGAAAUUGAGAUGGUUGAAAACGAUGCACCAAUUCCGAAGCACGUUCCUCAACACCGACCACCUCGCCUCCCUAAGGAAUUUCAAGAAACAUUAGAGGCACUUAUGGCUCAACCAGGAAAGACAGAGAAGUUAGAGGAACUUGUGUCUAAAUCAAUGAAAGAUAAGGAUGCUGCCAGCUCUAGUGGAGAACCCUCAAAGCCAUGAACUUCAGCUACAUUAGAGCUUUGAAUUCUCCAUUCGAAUGUGCUUUUCAUUUUAUUUUAUCAAACUAAAUUGUUUGUGUUAAAGUAGAGUUUCAAAUUCAACAGUCUUUCUGGGACAAAUCCUUUGUUCCGAAAACAAACUCGAACAGUUUGAAAUAACAAGAAAUAACACUGAACUCUGUAUGCAUGAAAUGUCUUUUGGAUAUUUGAGAAAUAUUCAAUCUAUUUUAAAAAAUCCAUCAAAUGCUCUAGAGCAUCUAAUGUCUUUUUUAAGACAUCUACUUUGAGUUUCGUAUAUGUACACUUAUAUUAAUUAAUGAUGAUAGGAUACUGUCUUAUGCAACCAAA